AUGGUUACGAGUUUAAGAAAAGAAAAGUCUGGUCAUGAGAAAGUUUUAAAAAAGAGAAAAGAGCUAGCCUUAAAGGAAUCACAAAUAGGAGCUUUAAAUAGAUUUCUUGUUAAGAUUGAACCUAUAAUAGUUCCACAUUCAAUUGAAAAUGAAAAUGUUGUUACCAGUUUGGACCAUAAUGAAAUAGGAAAUGAUCCCAACCUCAUCGAUAAUGACCGUGAAGAAGUGGCUAACAUAGUUGUCAAAAUGAAGAGAUUUAUGAUAGUGAAAAAGGGUCAACUUAGGGAUAAGAAUAUAAGAAAAGGACCCAACAGUAAAGGAUCUAGAUACUUUUCUUCAACCUAUUACACUAGAGCUUUACCUAAUGGUGAAGAACAUGAUAGAAAAUGGCUGGUAUAUUCAAAAGAGAUGGAUAAAGCAUUUUGUUUUUGCUGUAAAUUGUUUAAAAAUGAUUCUCGUACAUGUGCUUUAUCAAAUGAAGGGUUUAAUGAUUGGAUUCAUUUUAGCCGAACUCUUAGUAAGCAUGAGAAUUGUAAAGUACACAAUGUUAACAUGAGACUUUGGCUUGAACUACGUGAAAGGCUAGAGUUAAAUGAUACAAUUGAUAGGAAACUUCAACGUCAGAUUAGUGAAGAUAAGGAACAUUGGAAGCAAGUAUUGAAGAGAUUUAUUUCUGUUGUGAAAUAUCUUAGCAUACAUAACUUGGCUUUUCGAGGAACAAAUGAGAAAGUUUAUGAAAAUAGUAAUAGAAAUUUUUUAGGUUUGAUUGAAAUGAUUGCUGAGUGGGAUCCGGUAAUGAAAGAACAUAUGAGAAGAAUUAAAAAUAAUGAAAUUCAGUACACUUAUCUUAGUUCUAAGAUUCAAACUGAGUUGAUUGAUUUGUUAGCUUCUAAAAUCAAAAGUGUCAUCAUUCAGAAAAUUAAGGCUGCCAAAGAAAGUCCAAUAAAAAUUCAAGAAUACUUCAUGGGAUUCUUAAAAGUAGUUGACACAACUGCACAAGGACUAUUUGAUGUACUGAAAAGUGUUUUGGAAGAUCUUGAUCUUGACAUUAACAACAUUCGUGGGCAAGGAUAUGAUAAUGGGGCAAAUAUGAGUGGAUGA